AAAAAAAAUCAUUUUCAAACGGACAACUUGCUUAAGACUCGAAGCAUAUUGUAACUUUGUAAGACAAAGACGAAUUGAUAAAACUCUGUUUUUCCAUGGCGGCUUCUUCUUCUGAUAUGGUAUUGAGGUCAACGCGGCCUCAAGUGUUCAUCAAUUUCCGGGGAGAAGAGCUGCGGAGAGGCUUCAUCAGCUUCCUCGAGCCUACCUUAAAAAACGAAAAUAUAAACGUUUUCAUAGACGAACUGGAGCUGAGGGGCAGGGAUCUACAGAACCUGUUUGUGAGGAUUAAAGAGUCCAAAAUUGCGUUGGUGAUCUUCUCCAAAGAUUAUGCCAACUCAGAAUGGUGUUUGGACGAGCUAGCAAUGAUUAAGGAAUGCAUGGAUCAAGGCAAUCUUGAUGUGAUUCCUAUCUUCUACAAGGUAGAACCUUCUGUUGUGAAAUAUCUUCUAGGUUACUUUGGAGAAAAUUUCAUGAAUCUGAAGAACAGAUAUGAAAACGAUCCAGAAAGAACUCGGAAAUGGGAGGAAGCCUUAGCAUCUGUUUCCCAAAAGUUUGGCUUGCCAUUUCCAGAAAAAAGUGACAGGACCGAUAGGGAAUUCAUAAACUCAAUAGUCGUGGAAGUUAAGAGGGUGCUCGAGCAUAUUGGAGGAAAAGCAGAUAAGAGAGGACAUGCCAAAGUAAUUCAGAGACAACAGCAGGAAGAAAUUCAUCAAGGAUGUAUGUUCAACGCAAGGGAACUGAAGAUAAGUGGUUCUCAUAAUGCAAGAUAUUGGACCUUUGUGUCUAUUUCCGAGUCACCCAAUGAUGAGGUGGCAUUUGAAGUCGCAAAGAUGCAGAGAAAUUACUAUCUAGAAGUGUCUGGAUUUUGCCAGACGGAAAUACUGACAACGGGGACGAAGUACGAGGUGGUAUUCGUGGUGAAAGUAGAGGACACAAUGUCCAGAUGGGAUGUCCCGGCGAAGGUGCAACUGAUGGUGCCCUAUAGCAACGAGCUGCAAGAGAGGGAAUUGCAAUUUGUUGAUCUCAUAAGGAAUGAAUGGGUCGAUAUUCAGGCCGGGGUUUUCGUGCACAGCCGCAAAACCUGAAGAUUGCUUUCUAUUUGUAUCAGCACAAGUCUACGGAGGCGAAGACGGGGCUCCUGGUUAAAGGUGCUGUAAUUCGUCCCG